ACACAAAAUGCCUGAGUGUCAAAGGCAGACAGUGAAACUUCUGGAAGGAGAAGCUGGUGAGAAGUUGAGCCUGAGUUCUCCCAGGAACAGAGUGAGCAGGCCCAGAAGCCACAGCACACAGAACAGGGCUGUGAGGACAGCAUCCUUGGCAUCAUGCUUCUACAGCUUGGCACUAAGAGCAUUGGGUGGGACUGCUUUCCAAAGGACGUCAUUACCCACAAAGGAGAGAAAGGUGGACAUACAUGUAAAAAAGGAGAUGACCUGCUGAUUGGUGUGCCUAGUGAAGCCACAAUUCUUGGGACCAUCCAGCUACUAUGUGCCUUGAUGAUUGCAAGCUUUGGGGGCAUUUUGGUGUCAGCUUCCUACUCUUCCAACUUCAACCCAGAAGCCUCCACCACUUUGAUAACUGGGUAUCUGUUUAUUGGAUCCCUCUGUUUUGCCAGUGCUGGAAUUCUCUCCAUUACCUCUGAGAAAAUCUCAACCAAACCCUUUGCAUUGAGCAGCUUGGCCUCCAAUGUAGCAAGCUCUGUUGUUGCUAUCAUUGGACUCUUCCUCUUCACCUAUUGCCUGGUAGCCCUGGGGACUGCCUUUCCACACUGUAACUCAGAAAAGAAAUUCCUGUCCUUAUUGUCUUAUUUGGAAUCCCAUCAUUGGAAGAAAGAAGACAAGAACUGUCACCUGGCUUAUAUCAGUGCUAUAAGUGCUCUGGGGAUGAUGCUCCUCUUCACUGUGCUGGAGGCUUUGCUAGCUGUAUAUAGUUCUAUCUUUUGGUGGAUGCAAGUCUACUCCAACAAGCCUGGGGGUACAUUUUUCUUGCCUCAAUCACAAGAUCAUACCCAACUUGCCAAAAACAAUUUGUUGCAAUAAUGGAUUCGAAAUACAGAAGAAGAAAGAAGAAACCUAGUGCUCAUGGCAGAGCACAGCUAGACUUUCCUGAGACCUCAGCCUUGGUAGAUCCUAAUAAACAUCUAAAGAAAAGCUUUUCUGUCGUACUUUCAAUAUGAGUCACUUCAUCUCCAUUGAAAAUCAUUUCCUAAAGUCCAAGUCAGCAAAAUUCGCUGAUUCCACAUUCUGCAAUGACCACAAACUUUAUCAACUUCUCCAAACAGAGUGAACAGACAAUGCUGUUAGAUGAGAAAGCAUGUACUCCUUCAGGGGUGGAAGCUGACAGGGUCAUGUGGCUAGGUAAGGUCCUUCUCUGCAUUACUUGCACAUUCCUUUGCUUAAUUAUUAGACAUUAUGCAUUCCAAGAGCACUUGAGAUCCUUUGAAAAUAUGACAGCCUGUACAAGCUCCUGGGUUUGAUACUCCAGCAAUAAAAAGAAAUAAUAAAUC